AUGGAUCAUUUUGGAAGUCCAUCGCAGUCCGCAUCGGUGAUAACAUCGCUUGGUAGUCAAACACCAAGCACUCAUGUUGGUCCAGCAUCAAUACUCACUGGAUCAGGGCCUAGUUCUAUCUUAGGCUCUUCCAAUAUUAUGAGUGGUCCAUCGGUAACGCUCGGACCAGGAUCAGUAGUGAUAGGAGGUGGUUCAACAGCUAAUCUCAGUAAUGUUGGCUGUUCCGGACCUAGUUCAGUGCUUGCAAAUAUUGGAUCAGUACUGAAUAGCCAAGGUGGUCCAGGAUCAUUGCUGAGCUACAGCGGUGAACGAGGUGGACCUUCGAGUGUUAUAAAUGUUGGUGGAAAUCCUGGAUCAGUUUUUCAGGACAUGAAUCCGGCUUCGGUAGGUCCUGGAAAUCUUGCAGUACCGAUGACGCCCCUUGCUGGUGAUCAUUUUCAACCAGCAUCAAAUAUUCCUAUGGUUUCAACAAAUCCACCACAAACACCUGGAUCACAGUUAAUUGAUAUCCCAUCGCCAGCGCUUCAAAAUAUAGUGUCUACUGUUAACUUAGGUGAGAGUCUAAAGUUAGGAAAGAUUUCCAAGUUUUCGAAAAUUUCGAUUACAGGUGUGCCUCUGGAUUUGAAAAAAAUAGCAUUGCACGCUAGAAAUGCGGAAUAUAAUCCAAAACGUUUUGCUGCUGUUAUAAUGCGUAUUCGUGAACCUCGCACAACUGCUCUUAUAUUUUCAUCAGGAAAAAUGGUUUGUACAGGAGCAAAAUCUGAGGAAUCAAGCAGACUUGCCGCACGCAAAUAUGCCAGGAUAGUACAAAAGCUUGGUUUCAACGCAAAAUUUACUGAAUUCAAAGUUCAGAAUAUGGUUGGUUCAUGUGAUGUGCGUUUUCCUAUACAGCUAGAAGGCCUAUGUUUAACACACACUCAAUUCUCUACAUAUGAGCCAGAGCUCUUUCCCGGAUUAAUUUAUCGGAUGGUGAAACCACGAGUAGUAUUGCUUAUUUUUGUUAGUGGAAAGGUUGUUAUAACGGGCGCUAAGUAUAAAAAAGAUAUCGACGAUGCAUUCAAUCAAAUUUAUCCGAUCUUAAAGGGCUUCAAGAAAUAG